CGGUGGGAGGGACAGAGGAAAUAGUCAUCAGUUUGGGAUAGCCUAUUAACUUGAAGCGAGAGCAGCUGGAAAUAUCCAAUCACUUCAAGUUUCCAUUCACUCUUCAACUCUACAAUAAUUGCUUCGGUUACAGGAAUGAUACAGGUGUUUGGGACUGAAUGCGACUCAGACUUGACCAGGGGAAAUGAAUGUAAAAGGCAGCGGGAAUCUUCUGAUGAUUCUUCUGAUGUUUCUCUUCUUCUCACGAAGUUUGCAGUGGAUUUACAGGGAGCAACCGGAUGAUGCGAACAGUGAAGUCUGUUCUGAGAGUAAGAUUGCCACAACCAAAUAUCCUUGCUUGAAACCAACUGGAGAGGUGACAACUUGUUACAGGAAGAAAUGUUGUGAGGGGUUUAAGUUUGUGCUGGGCCAGUGCAUUCCUGAAGAUUAUGACGUGUGUGAUGGCGCCCCCUGUGAACAACAGUGCACGGACCACUUUGGACGGGUCGUGUGCACCUGUUACCCUGGUUACCGCUACGACCGGGAGCGACACCGGAACAGAGAGAAGCCAUACUGCCUGGACAUGGAUGAGUGUGCCAACAACAACGGGACGGUGUGCUCUCAGGUCUGUCUGAACUCUCCAGGGAGCUACAGGUGUGAGUGUGAGAAAGGCUUUUUCCUGGAAGAGGAUGGGAAGACCUGCACCAAGGGGGAGAGAGCAGCUGGGCCGUUUGAGACGUCAGACAACGUGAUGAAGGCUGGGGCAUGCUCUGCUACGUGUGAAGACUUUCACCAGAUCAAGAUUACUGUCUUUCAGCUCAAACAAAAGAUCGCCAUGUUGCCCAGCAACGCUGAUGACACCAAGCAGAUGACCAGUGAGAAGAUGCUGAUGUCACACUCCUUCCUGCCCGGGCCUCCUGGUCUGCCCGGGCCUCCAGGAGAUCCAGGGCCAAUGGGUCCCCCUGGCCACACAGGACUGUUGGGGCCCCCCGGCCCUCCUGGACCCAGGGGACUGAUGGGCCCCGUUGGGCCCUCGCCUGACCUGUCCUUCAUAAAGCAGGGCCGACGGGGGCCCAUGGGACCUGCGGGGGCUCCAGGAAAACAUGGCAUCAAGGGGGAGACGGGGGCUGCUGGACCUUCUGGACCUCCUGGCCCUCCCGGAUCCUUUGACUUCCUGCUGCUGUUGAUGGCUGACAUCCGUAACGAUAUCGUUGAGCUACAGAGCAAGGUGUUCGGCAGACUCAUGCAGUCUCCUGGAGAGGAGUUCCCUAUGGGGGUCCCAGAGAGCUGGAGGGAGAACCAUGAUAUCCUGGUGGACAUGGGCUCUGGAGAAGACAAACCAAAGGAUUACAAAACACAAAACGUUGCCAAGGGCAACUCUGGAGAAGACUACAAACCACGCAGGAAGGAAGAGGACAGGAACAGGAACAGGAACAGGAAGAGGAAACCCAUGCGAGCCUCAACAACAGACUCAGACUUGGAUUGGACACUUUGAAUUUGAGGCAGAUUUUCAGUAUUUGUUUGUAAAUAUUAUUAUCAAAGUAUUUUUUAUUGAACUGCUUAAAGUCACUCAAAAGUCUAAAUGUAUUUUUUUUCUUUCAUAGAAUCUCUAUUUUUAUAUUAUAAAUAGGAUUGUAAAUGUAUAUUUUAGUACAUUUUUUUGUAUUAUAGUUAUGGACUUGAAUGUCUUCUUAGCUCAACAGCAUUUCACUCACUGAAUGUCUCAAAUGGUCUACUUUCUUACUUAAACGUAGUUUCCACCCUGUUACAGACACAUGCACACAUGAGAAUAGUCCAAUUCAGAGUCCAAUUCGUCCUACCCCUAAAUCAUAGAUAGAAUAUGUCAUUCGAUUUCUUUGCUCCUAAUCACCACAGCUUUGUUUGUUCGUUGCCUCAGCAACACUAGCCAAGGAUUGUUUCUGGUUGCUAUGGCUGCUAAGUAAGUGUGUAACACUCCUCCAAAGCCAAGUGGUUGCUAUGAGCCUCCGGGAGAAUGGUCCUUGACAGAGAGAAGAAGAAAGGUCAUGGAGACUACCACUGGAGAGGGAUUGAGCAACUUUUCAUGUAAUGGAAUAUUCCAGUGUUUUUAAGUGGCACCAUAUUAUAUUUCAGCAGAUCCAAGUCUAGGCUUAUGUGGUCAAAAGGGGGCAUUUUACAAUUCAAACAUAAAUCGCACAUGUAAAGAAACUGGAAAAUAAAUGCAGUAAU